AUGGAGGAAAUACCGACCGACCAACCACACACAUUGACAUCACCAUCAAUAGAAGAAAAACUCAAUAGUAUAUCUUCCUAUUUUACAGUUGGCCCCACAGAGUACGGUGGUAGGGGAUGCUUUGCCAGAUCGGCAAUACCCAAAGGAACUCAGAUCCAUUAUUGUACUUCACCUGUUGGAUCUUCAAUAGCAAAACCCUUCAGGAAGGAAGUUUGCACGUACUGCUUCAAUUAUUAUAAUGGAGAUUCCAUGAAGACCAAACUAACUAAAGCAAUAACUGGAAAGAAAGAAUCGUCCCCGCUCUACUUUUGCAGCAAGGAGUGCCUUGAUAGCUUUGUUGACCAAGACAUUGAUGAUAUCUUGCUAACCAACCUAUUAUUAGUGGAGCAAAAUUAUUCCACAGGACUAAAAAAGCCAGAGGUGGAUGCUCUAGAACCAGUGGGUAAUUUGGAUAAACAAAUAGAUCGUGAAUGGGAGCGGGUGGAUCAAUGGGCAGCACGAAUGGACUCAACACGAGGCAGCAAAAGAAUAAACUUUUUACCAAGAAUUGAUGAAAGUGAAUACCUUGAGAUCAAGUACAUUGUUAAUGUAUUAUUCAAUAAGUUUAAGCUAAUGCGUCAGCAUGACAAUGAAAACGAUCAAGGAGUUUCAUUGGGGAUGGAAAUGUUUUUAUUCGACCUUCUACAAUCGACUGAACGUGAAAAGUAUCACAAGUACCCAUACCUUCUAUUCUCCUAUAUGAAUAUCUUUAAAUUCAUCAAACUUACCUGUACAGCCGAGCUUCAGCAAUUUAUUACCACUGACAGUAUCAGAGAUUUAAUUGGCAAAAACCUCUCCAAUGCCUUUGGCAUAUGGUCCAACACAACAAGCAAAGAUGAGGAUAAAGAGUUUCUUGGGUUUAGUGUAUACCCAUCGGCUUCCUUUUUCAACCAUUCAUGUGCACCAAAUAUCAUUAAAAUUAGGAUUCGUAACGAUAUGCGCUUUGAAACCUUGAGAGAUAUCGCACCUGGUGAAGAGUUGUGUAUAAACUACGGCAAUUUUCAAAAUGAAAAUGUCGACAAACGACAAUUGGAGUUACAAGAAUGGUUUUUCAAUUGUGGAUGUACAAAAUGCCAAAUGGAACUUGACAGUUAUGUGAAGUCGUAG